GGUAUAUCUCGGAUUUCAUUUAAUAUUAUAGCUAAUUUCACAAUUGAAGUGAAAGUGAUCGAGUUAAGACCUUUAUGAGUUCUAUUCUGUUCAAAAUGAAGUACACAAGUCUCAUUCUUAUCGUAAUCAGUCGGCUGCUUUUGUUAGCCAGAUGUCAAUUCAGCGGUAUUUCACCGCCACAAUUUUCGCAACCGCAACAAUCGCAGUUUCAACAGCCACAGUCACAAAAUCCGACUGUGCAACAGCCAGGGUUAUCGUUGCCUGGAUUCCAGCAACAGCCCGUUCAGCCACCACCAGUUCAGCAAACUUCAUCUCAGCAACAGCCCGUUCAGCAACAACCCGUUCAAAUGGGAUCUGGCACACCAAUUGUUCAACCGGCUUUGCCAUCGCAAGCUAAUACACCUUCGGCUCAGGCCAUUCCAUCCAGUAUGCCACCACAAUUAUCUGCUUCAACCAUACCUUCAGCUCAAACUACCCAACUUGGAAUACCACCACAACUGGUGCAACAACCACAGAAUCCACAACCAUCAGCUUUAAACAUUCCCAAUUUGAGCAGUGCAAGUAAUCCAAAUAAUCCGAUGGCAUCGUAUCCAUGGCCAUGGCCAUUCGCGGCUGGAGGAGGUUCAAUACCAACAACUACAUCGAACUAUCCCCAGAACAUGUUUGAAAGCAUGUCGAGCAUUGUUGAAACCGCAAUUGAUACUGGUGUUCAUGAUGUGAUGGAUGGGUUCAGAAUAGUUCCUAAUGCAUUUUUUCAAGCUAUGGCAUCUCUCUUCAACUCAUCUCCUAGAAGCCAACUUACUAUUUAGACUUUAGUUUAAAGUCAUUCAAUCACAGUGUGAAUUAUGCAAAUUCAGAAUACCAAUUAAUUUAAUGUUUUAACGUUUCUUUUUCUUCAUAAAUGGAAUUGUUGUCGAUAGCUUCACUUCAAUCAGAUUUUAUUUCAUCAAUUUUCAUUCAAUUUUAAUGCUAAACAUAAAGUUAUUGUGUGCACUUGGUCAAGAAUAAAAGUGUUUUUACUAAGUCACA